AUGACUUCUACUCCCUCGGAUUCUGCUAUGAUGCAGGCAGUCGUGUUUCAUGGCCCCUACAAGGUUGCUAUUGAGCAGAGGCCUAUUCCCAAAGUGCAGAACCCGGAGGAUAUUGUAGUCAAGGUGGGAUAUACUGCGCUAUGUGGAAGUGAGUUGCACAUGUUCCGUGGUGUGGAGCCUGCAGGAACAGGAUUCAUCAUGGGCCAUGAGUUUGCCCGAAUCCCGAAUGCUGACGGUUCCGUCAUGAAGGCCCCCCAGGGCGUUGACGAGAAGUAUCUGGUGCUCAUGGGAGACAUCUUCCCCACAGGCUGGUUUGCAGCCAACAAUGCAUUCAAGAAUUCGACCCCCGAACAGAUUGCUGAACAAACAGUCGUUCUGAUUGGAUGUGGACCUGUCGGUCUCUGUGCGCUCAUCAAUGCUCUGGAGUACAAGCCCAAGCAUAUCUUGGCGGUUGACUCGGUCCCGUCGAGACUGGAGCUUGCCAAGUCGCUCGGUGCUGAGCCGUGGAAUUUCCAGUUGGACCGGGCUGGUCUAGACAAGCGUGUUCAGGAGCUGACAAAUGGACGUGGUGCCGAUGCUGUCAUCGAAGUUGUCGGGUUGAGUCCUGCCUUGCGUACUGGCUUCGAACUUCUGCGGCCUUGGGGAACUCUUAGCAGUGUUGGUGUCCACAAUGGAGAGAUUCCUUGGGACGGCAAUGAUGCCUAUUCCAAAAACCUCACUGUCCAGAUGGGGCGAUGCCCUGUUCGGUCCGUUGCUCCUCGGGCUUUGGAGGUGCUCAAGAGAAACCAACAUAAGCUUGGCUUCAUGACGGAGAAGAUCAUGCCGCUUUCGCAGGCCGUGGAGGGCUAUGACCUAUUUCAUAAGAUGCAGGUCCAAAAGGUGAUAUUCCAGGCUUCUCAGUAG